UUUUUUUUAAUUCCCAUAGGCCAUCUCUUCUUAUUUUGCUGCCUCCAAUAUUUAUACCGUAGCUGGUAAUUAACAUAAUGUUGCAUUCCUGUUAAUUUCGACAAAAUGAAGGACAACACGGACUCCGGAUUGCCACCCAAACGCAGAUUUUUUGGCAGUUUAUGAAUGCAGCUGUAAUCACCCGGGGGAGCCUCAAGUACUUAAAUGGGUCCAUCAUGAGAAAGAGACAAUCAAGCUCCUUUAUGCUUUAAGAUCAGCUGCAGUUUCUGCGCAUUGUCUGUUAUGAAUAGACCGAUCUCCAAUUGAGCCUCUUCACUUUGGAGAUUUUUUCGAUUUUCGAUUAUACAGCUAUUGAAAUUAGGAUGCGCCGCUUUUUUCCUCUCUCUCUUAGCUUGGUGGCUCGGUUGCCUUUUCUUGAUUGACACAUGAAAUUGACACUCGGGUUGCCUCUUAUCAAGCGAAGCAUUUCAAUCCGCCGCUAAUUGCAGAUAUAGUGCCAUCCUUUCUUUUCACCGCGUUUGAUUGCAUGGGAAUACAGCCUCCCUAUUGCGCACAAGAGGAAUGAUCGAUCAUAUAUAGUUUCCCCCCCUUCGUCUUCUUCUAAUUGCAUCAAAAUUUCUUUUGUUACCAGGGUUUAAAUGCAGGAGAAACUGUUAUUCGUUGUUUUGGACCGGAUAUAGUGUGGGUUGGGGCAGAGAUGCGUAAUGCGCUGAGCAAGCUCCAUCUUCUCUCCAAAUAGGCAGCGUUCAAGACCCGAAAAUGUCUAAAUCGGAGGUGAAGAAGGAGUCCAGCGAGUCCAGUCCGUCGGAGGCCGCCUGCCUCUGCUCUCCUCCGGCGGCCAAGAACCAGUGCGCCAGCUGCGGCAUGGAGAUCCAUGACCGAUACCUGCUGAAGGUUAACAACCUGAACUGGCACUUAGGAUGUUUGGAGUGUUCAGUGUGCAGAGCGUCUCUGCGCCAACACAGCAGCUGCUACGUUAAAAACAAAGAAAUCUACUGCAAACUGGAUUAUUUCAGUAGGUUCGGCACUAAGUGCGCCCAGUGUGGCCGGCAGGUGUACGCCAGUGACUGGGUACGGCGGGCUCGGGGUAGCGUCUACCACCUGGCCUGUUUCGCCUGUUUCUCCUGCAAGAGGCAGCUGUCCACCGGGGAGGAGUUCGGCCUUGUGGAGGGCAGGGUGCUCUGCCGCAGCCACUACGACAUCAUGCUGGACAACCUCCGCAGGGCUGCCGAAAACGGCACAGGACUGACUCUGGAAGGAGCACUGCCCUCUGAUCAGGACUGUCAACCAAAACCAGCCAAGAGAGCACGGACAUCAUUCACUGCUGAGCAACUGCAGGUGAUGCAGACUCAGUUCGCUCAGGACAACAACCCUGACGCUCAGACUUUACAGAAACUGGCAGAAAUGACGGGACUGAGCAGACGAGUCAUACAGGUUUGGUUUCAGAACUGCCGUGCGCGACACAAAAAGCAGCCGCCUCAGAGCAGCUUCUCUCAGAGCGCUCCGUUGUCCAGGAUGCCUCCGUCGCUGCCAGAUGAUAUCCACUACUCCCCCUUCAGCAGCCCAGACCGGCCACAUCUACUCGCCCUGCACGGAUACCUGGAUACUCAUCCCUUCUCCGUCCUCGCUGCUCCGGGCCACUUGACCCAUCCGUCCAUCUCGUUACCACAGCUUCCCAUAAGCCGCUGACCUCCUGCAUCCACGUUUCCACCGCUCUGAUCAUAUUGUGAUUUUGAAAAGAAAAAAAAAAAAACAAAAUUCCUUUGGGACAUGCUGUUUGUAAUCUGCUCUGUUUGGGAGUCUAAUCCUUGGGCAGCAGGACUUCGACAAGCUGUUUUCAAUCAGUUGGAUUCUUCAUUGUGAGACUGCAGAGCUAAACGUUGUCUUUUAAAGACAGCAGAUUGUGGUGAUGGGAGAAAUGUCCCACCUCCAUGCCAACACAGGAGUUUUAUUUUAUUUUUUUUCCAUUUUGUUUUGGGGUUUUUUUUUACGAUGCAGAAAAGAAGACCACUUUUUUUUAAUUUUCCUUUUUGUGACUGGACACAAAACUUUGCAUCAGGUCAGGAUUUUUUUCCUUUUGUUUACCCACUCAUACAAGGUAUUUUAAUUACAUUGCUGCAAUAUGAGCUUUGAGAAAAGAAGAAAAAAGGAGUGUUGUAGCAGUAUUACAGUAAAAACCUCAGCAUUUUUUAUUAUAGAUAUUAUUAUUUUGUGUCAGUGAUGAGCACAUUUGCAGCUUUACUGUUGUUUGUUGUUGUGUUGUCAGAAAAUGGAAACUCUUAUUUAUUCAGAACAAAGCUUCACUUUUAAAAAAGCACUUUUAAAUGUGUCUUGAAAUGGAAAAAUUCAGUGAUUGUACAUUGUAAAUACUGCUACGGUUUAAUAAAAUGUAUC